GAGUGUCCCAAUCAUAUACUUCUCAUCCACAAACCACGAUCGACGAAGCUCUCUUUCGUAUAUCCUCCCCUCCCUUCGAAACAGUUUCUCUUUUCCCUCUCUCUCUCGAUCUUCUCCGAUUCGAUUCCAAACCCCUCCCUGCAAAAUGAACGACGCAGAUGUCUCCAAGCAAAUCCAGCAGAUGGUGCGGUUUAUCCGUCAAGAAGCCGAAGAGAAAGCCAACGAGAUCUCUGUUUCCGCUGAAGAAGAAUUCAAUAUCGAGAAGUUACAGUUGGUUGAAGCUGAUAAGAAGAAGAUCCGUCAAGAGUAUGAGCGCAAAGAGAAACAAGUUGAUGUUCGUAAGAAGAUCGAGUACUCUAUGCAGUUGAAUGCUUCACGGUUGAAGGUUCUUCAAGCCCAAGAUGACGUGGUUAAUAAAAUGAAAGAGUCUGCCGCCAAGGAACUCUUGAAUGUGAGUCGUGAUCAUCAUGUGUACAAAAACCUUCUAAAAGAUCUCGUAAUUCAGAGUUUGUUGAGGCUGAAAGAACCUUCUGUCCUAUUGAGGUGUCGGAAAGAGGACCUGAACUUGGUAGAGGAUGUUUUGGAUUCAGCUGCUAAGGAGUAUGCUGAAAAGGCAAAUGUUCAUGUACCAGAGAUCGUUGUUGAUAAGGAUGUCUAUCUUCCACCUGCCCCCAGCCAUCACAAUCCCCAUGAUCUCCACUGCUCUGGAGGUGUGGUAUUGGCUUCUCAUGAUGGAAAGAUUGUGUUUGAAAAUACACUUGAUGCGCGUUUGGAUGUAGUAUUCCGUAACAAACUCCCACAUAUCCGCAAGCAGCUCUUUGGACAAGUUGCUGUUUGAAGACCUUGGUUGUAUUGUUCCAUUUCACCUAUAAUAUUUAUAAUUUACUGCAGAGAUUGUUGUGAGCGGAAGAUAUGUCGUGCCAUUGCUUUUGUAAACAUUGUAUUAUUGUCCCUUAGUUCCUUCAUUUUUUGUGUCGCUCAUUUAACUUUCGUAUUUGAUGGGGCAUGCAAUGCUCUAGAAGUUAUAGCGAUAACUCUUCUCAGCAAAAUAAAUAGUGCUUGUUAAAGCUUAUUUCUGCUGUUAGCUUCUCUGGUGGUGAAGUAGCAAAUCUUUGGACAUUGCGUGAUAGAAGAGCAACUGUUCUCGUAUUAUUAUGUUGUUUAUCGUGCAAAUAAAUAAAGUGCAUGAAAAAUAAGCGAAAACUUUUUCUGGUUUCAGUUCAA